AUGUCGGUCUUGGAUGUCACUACUACUACCGGCAGCUGGAGUGGUGAAGGCUGGAAGGACCGUAUCGACUCCAUCAUCAGCAGAUCCACCUUCCUCAUCUCGAGCUGCGACCGAUGCUCCGACUUUGACGACUCUUCUGACUCUGACGCUAUUUCCCUCAAGAGUGUUGAUUCCAUGGCUGAGUUUGACUAUGAGGAUGAUGAUGCCUCUUCUCCAUACUACUCCCUUGGUGAGUCUUCUGCCCUUACUGAAGCCUGGUCUGAACGUGCUGCAUUCUCACUCGCGAGCUUCUCUGAGACCAUGGGUACUUUGAUUGAUCGUGUGAUUGCUCUCUCACCAACUGCAGCCACCGUCACCCUGAAACUGAACAUUGGACUCAUAUGCAGUGAAUGCGACGCCUACCUCCGCUGGACUGAGACUGAACACGAGCCUCUCAAAAUCACUGGUCUUACUGACAAGGUCACUGCCGUCAUUGUUGAAGACAUGACUGCUGAUAUGGUUGAGUUGUUUGAGGACUUGACUUCCUUUCACCCUUACUACAACGCUGAGUACAACGCUGGUAGGUUCAACGGCUAUUUGACUGUUCUGACCGAGAGAUUGGAGAAGCUUGAGGCUGACCAGCUUGGUGCUGACGUUGCUGCUGCUAAGGCUUACCUUGAACUUGCUGAUAAGUAA